AUGUCUCAUUCAAUUGGUGCUGAAAAGUAUGCUAACUGGAGUAAAGAAGAAUUAAUUGCAAAAAUACUAAAUUAUGAGACUGGACAACAAAUUCAACGCGAUUCUAUUUCAACAACCAAAACCACGGUAACUUCUAUAUCAUGUGACAACACAACUCUUAAAAAACCUAACAAAAAAAGUCCUCGGCCAUUUGAUAUGUCAAAAUAUUCAAAGAGGCAUAUUGCACUCAAAGUAGUAUAUUUUGGCUGGAAUUAUCAUGGAUUUGCAGCGAAUAUUGAUGAACAAAAUUUUCCAACCAUUGAAGGACACUUGCACUCUGCUCUCUUGCGCUCAAGAAUGAUAUCAGAUCCUACCAAUUGUAAUUUUUCUAAAUGUGGCAGAACAGAUAAGGGUGUUAGUAGUUUAGGACAAGUUAUUGCCCUAGAUGUUAGAUCAAAUCAUCCACGAGAUUCUCCUUUUGUAUUGCCAACCAUAUCAAUGGAUGAUAACACACCCAAAGAGCAAGAUGAUGUUAAAG